CUUUCUAUUUCCUCUCCUGUUUUGGAAGCCUUGCAGACAGAAUGUAACAGUACCGGUUCCAUGCGGAACAAAGGCGGCUAAGCCUCCGCAUUUGCUAUUCACGACUCCCACUCUUCGUUUCUCUCUUUGGCAUUUCAUCAAACAUUUUUAAGGCUAUCUCCAUUCCAGCCCGCUCUUGAGCUCCUCUUUUGUUUUUCUCCCAGCAGAGAGGAAAAGAGGAAAGAAAUCUGAUACCCCUUUAUCUCUCUCUCUUUCAAAAACUCAUUGAAGUCCUUUUUGUUAAAGUGGGAGUUCUCUACACCUGCAUUUCUGCUCAAUGGGUUGCAGACUUGCAGAUUCUGUUUCCCUCUUCAUGAACCCCCAACCAAGGCCAAUCCGGAGUCAGAGGAUUACGACUCAUUUCUCUCCAGUCAUUCAUCACUUGACAUGGGACAGGCUUCUUUGGAAAGGAGAGAAACAGAAACAUGAUUUGUUCCUCUUGAGAAGGGCCAAAUCUUUACAAGCAGUGGCCACAUCAGUUGUACCAGCAUCAGCAGACGGUGCUCAGUAUAGAAAACAGCUAGCAGAAAGUUGUGGGUUCAGGCAAAUUGGAGAACCCCUUCCUAGAAAUGUUACAUUAAAGGAAAUCAUUGAUACUCUGCCGAGAAAGGUGUUUGAGAUUGAUGAUAUGAAGGCAUGGAAGUUAGUUUUAAUAUCUGCCACUUCAUAUGCAUUAGGGCUCUUUAUGAUUUCAAAGGCCCCAUGGUACCUACUUCCUCUUGCUUGGGCAUGGACAGGGACUGCAGUCACAGGGUUUUUUGUUAUAGGCCAUGAUUGUGCUCACAAAUCGUUUUCAAGGAACAAAUUAUUGGAAGAUAUUGUGGGAACUCUAGCCUUUCUGCCACUAAUAUACCCAUAUGAGCCAUGGAGGUUUAAGCAUGAUAGGCAUCAUGCAAAGACAAACAUGUUGGAUGAGGAUACAGCUUGGCAUCCUGUUUGGAAAGAAGAAUUCAAUUCAUCUCCUAUGUUGCGCAAAGCUAUUAUAUAUGGAUAUGGUCCAUUUCGGCCUUGGAUGUCUAUAGCUCACUGGUUGAUCUGGCACUUUGACGUAAAAAAGUUUAGACCAAGUGAAGUUAAAAGGGUGAAGAUAAGUUUGGCUUGCGUUUUUGCAUUUAUGGCAAUUGGAUGGCCAUUGAUUAUCUAUAAAACAGGGAUCAUGGGAUGGAUCAAGUUCUGGUUAAUGCCAUGGUUGGGCUAUCACUUUUGGAUGAGUACAUUCACAGUGGUGCAUCAUACAGCUCCACACAUUCCUUUUAAAUCAUCAGAUGAGUGGAAUGCAGCUGAAGCCCAGCUUACUGGAACAGUUCACUGUGAUUACCCUCGUUGGAUUGAGAUCCUCUGUCAUGAUAUCAAUGUCCACAUCCCCCACCAUAUUUCUGCAAGGAUACCAAGCUAUAAUCUACGGGAAGCUCAUAAAUCUAUCCAAGACAAUUGGGGAAAGUACCUAAAUGAGGCUACAUGGAAUUGGCGUUUAAUGAAAACGAUAAUGACAAUGUGCCAUGUUUAUGACAAGGAAGAAAAUUACAUUGCUUUUGACAAGCUUGCCCCAGCAGAUUCUCAACCAGUUACAUUCCUGAAAAGAGUGAUGCCUGAUUAUGCUUGAAUUUUUAUGCUUCUCUGAUUUUUGAUUCCUCCUUGUCUUUAUCCUUUUCUCCUUGGUUACAUUAGGCAUGCAAUUGCAAUUUUAUACAUGUUCUUUGCUGAUAUUGAACCAUUCUUUUAACAUUUCGACCAUGGUGGCUGGGAGAAAUUGUGGCAAGAAAAUGAUGAGGAAACAGAGAAACUUUUGUUCUGUGA